GCCGCAAGGCCGGCCUUUCUGACCGUUGACCCGGAAGCGCUUAUGGCAGUGUCUAGGAAUUCGGGAGCACACGAUGGUCUUCCUUACCACGCGGCUCUGCCUGCGAAACCGCCUGACGGACCGCUAUUGGCGGGUUCAGGAGGUGCUCAAACAUGCUCGGCAUUUUAGGGGAAGGAAGAAUCGCUGCUACCGGCUGGCAGUCAGGGCGGUGACCAGAGCCUUCGUUAAGUGUACGCAGGCUCGCAGACUGAAGAAGCGGAACCUGAGGACUCUCUGGAUUAAUCGAAUUACAGCUGCCUCCCAGGAACAUGGCUUACAGUACCCAGCAUUCAUUGGCAACUUAAUUAAGUGCCAGGUGGAGCUCAACAGGAAAGUACUUGUGGACCUGGCCAUCUAUGAACCAAAGACUUUUAAAUCUUUGGCUGCUUUGGCUAAGAGGAGGCAGCAGGAAGGAUUUGCUGCAGCUUUGGGGGAUGGGAAGGAGCCUGAAGGCAUCUUUUCCAGAGUGGUGCAGUACCACUGAAGUUUACAUUGCAAUGGAAAUUGUUAUAAACAAGAUAGGAGCAAAUGGAUUGUGAUCAGAAAGUCUGAUUUGUAUUUAUUUACAUUUUAGUAACAGGCUUGAGAGAACAUGUUUUUACUCAAUGACACAGAUCCAAAAUUGUCCUGUAAAGAUUGUACAAAUAAAGCCUUUGCAGUGUUCAA